AUGUCGGCGGCACAGUCAACUUCGUCUUCUACACAAUCACGAGAUACUAUGGUUGAAUUUCUUCAUAAUGUCACAGGAUUCAAUAUUGAAGAUUGUAUUUAUUUUCUUCAGCAAAGUAAUUGGAAACUUCAGGAUAUUUUAGAUGAUUUUUACAAUGGAAAAGAAUUGAAGAAUAAAUUCAAUCAAAAUUCAAAUGAAAAAAUCGAAAAAAAUCGAUCUCAACCAACACCUACUCAAAAUUCAAAUAAAUUCAAUGCAAACAACAAUCGAAAACAACAAGUAGUUGAAGAUAAUGAUCUUUAUUAUGCUCAACUUCUACAUCAUUAUGGUGAUGCAGACGAAUCAGCAAGAAAAUAUAGGUCAGAGGGACAACAUAAUCAACAACCUCAACAAUUUCAACAGCCCCAACAAUUUCAACAACAACCAAGAGAAAAUACUAAAACUGGGCCUAUUUAUCAUGAAAGACAAGAAUAUCUUCGAUGUGGUGUUCAUGCAUUAAAUAAUCUAUUUCAAAUUCCACAUUUAUUCACUCAUGAAUAUCUCGAUAAUAUUGUGCAUCAAUUCGACAAAAGACAUGAAAACAAUGAUUAUGGAAGAUUAUGGAUAGGUGAUUAUGAUUUACGUAUAUUAAUAGAAGCUAUUAAGCAACGUGGACAUGCUGUUCAACAAAUAAAUUUUUUUACCAAUGAACCACUUCAAAAUCUUCCAUGGGAUUCUUAUUUUGGUUUAUUGAUAAAUUUAAAUAGUGAACAUUGGUUUACAAUUAAAAGUAUUAAUGGAAUUUAUUAUAAUCUUGAUUCAACAUUUAAAAAACCAUCAGCAAUUGGACAAAAACAUAAUUUAGUUAAUUAUCUAAUUUUUCUUAUUGAGAGAUUUAAAAGUGUAUAUUUAUUUGCUGUAUUAUAA